CGUGUCUGCCCGCUGCAGAACCGGAUGCUGGUGGCUGUCCGGUGUGGAUGUCUGAUGCAUUGUAGACUGUGAAGAGGAGCAAGUUAACUGUGUAAUUCCUGAGUGAAGACACGCCGGGUGAGGAUGUUGCGGUGGCUGCUUGGAGCCGCGCUGCUGGCUCGGGCGGCCGGCUUCUACCUCCCGGGUCUGGCUCCCGUCAGCUUCUGCGAGUCGGGGAACGAGCAGGUCCCAGACUGCAAGCCCACCAUCGAGCUGUUCGUGAACAGGCUGGAUUCAGUGGAGUCGGUUCUGCCUUAUGAAUAUACUGCGUUCGACUUCUGCUCAGAGGAAAAAAUGAAACGUCCAUCAGAGAAUCUGGGCCAGGUUCUUUUUGGGGAGAGGAUUGAACCCUCACCAUACAAGUUUGAGUUUAAGAAGGAUGCAGUGUGUCAGUCGGUGUGUAACAGAACCUACGACACCAGCAAACCAUCAGACAAGAGCAAACUGGAAUUCCUGAAGAAGGGCAUGCUACUCAACUACCAGCAUCACUGGAUUGUGGAUAACAUGCCUGUGACCUGGUGCUACGAUGUGGAAGACGAGCAGAAGUUCUGCAAUCCUGGUUUCCCGAUUGGCUGUUACGUCACAGAGGCGGGACGAGCCAAAGACGCCUGCGUGGUCAAUUCUAACUUUAAUGAAAAGGACUCGUUUUACAUCUUUAACCACGUGGACAUCACCAUCCAUUUCCACAUCGUGGAGCAUGAACAGCUGGGAGCUCGGCUGGUUGCUGCCAAGGUUGAACCCAAAAGCUUUCAGAGCUCUGAUUGUUCUGGGGGGCCGAAGUUCCUGAAAAACAAACAAACAGGACUGUUUGACAUCAAAUACACCUACUCCAUCAAGUUUAAGGAGGACAAGACCAUUCGUUGGGCAUCUAGAUGGGACUACAUCCUGGAGUCAAUGCCUCACACCAACAUCCAGUGGUUCAGCAUCAUGAACUCCUUGGUGAUCGUGUUGUUCCUCUCUGGGAUGGUAGCCAUGAUCAUGCUGAGGACUCUGCAUAAAGAUAUUGCCAGAUACAAUCAGAUGGACUCUGUGGAGGAUGCUCAGGAGGAGUUCGGAUGGAAGUUGGUCCAUGGAGAUGUUUUCCGACCUCCGAGGAAGGGGAUGCUGCUGUCCGUUUUCCUCGGCUCUGGAACCCAGCUCUCCAUCAUGACCUUCAUAACCUUGUUCUUCGCCUGUCUCGGGUUCCUCUCCCCGGCGAACCGUGGCGCUCUGAUGACCUGUGCUGUGGUUCUCUGGGUUCUCCUGGGAACUCCUGCUGGAUAUGUGGCUGCCCGCCUCUACAAAUCUUUCGGAGGAGAGAAGUGGAAGACCAAUGUCCUGCUGACAGCCUUCCUCUGCCCUGGGGUGGUGUUUGCAGAUUUCUUUGUGAUGAACCUGAUCCUGUGGGGGGAAGGGUCUUCAGCAGCCAUGCCCUUUGGGACCCUGGUAGCCAUAUUGGCUCUUUGGUUCUGUAUCUCAGUGCCACUCACAUUUCUAGGCGCAUACUUUGGCUUCAAGAAAACAGGUAUUGAACACCCUGUGCGGACCAAUCAGAUUCCUCGCCAGGUCCCAGAGCAGUCCUUCUACACGAAGCCUUUCCCCGGUAUCAUCAUGGGAGGGAUCCUGCCUUUUGGAUGUAUAUUUAUUCAGCUCUUCUUCAUUCUAAACUCCAUAUGGUCCCAUCAGAUGUACUACAUGUUCGGAUUCCUAUUCCUCGUCUUCAUCAUCCUGGUCAUCACCUGCUCUGAGGCCACCAUCCUGCUCUGCUACUUCCAUCUCUGUGCCGAGGACUAUCACUGGCAGUGGCGCUCCUUCCUGACCAGCGGCUUCACGGCUGUCUACUUCCUGAUCUACGCCAUCCAUUACUUCUUCUCCAAGCUGCAGAUCACCGGCCUGGCCAGCACCAUCCUGUACUUCGGAUACACCAUGAUCAUGGCCCUCAUCUUUUUCCUCUUCACUGGCUCCAUCGGCUUCUUCGCCUGCUUCUGGUUUGUCACCAAGAUCUACAGUGUGGUCAAAGUGGACUGAACGACUCACACACACACACACACACACACACACACACACACACAUAUGCACACACACAUACACACACAUACACACACACACACACACACACACACACACACACACACACACACACACACACACACACAUAAAAGCCCAUAUGCACGCACACACACACACACACACACACACACACACACACACACACACACACACACACACACACACACACACACAGAGACUGUACAUGUCUGGAGGUUGCUUUUUCCCCAUGAACCUCUGGAACAUUGAACAUUUCCAUCUUUCCACCCCCCCCCCCCCCCCCCCCCUUUCUUCAACCGGAGACGACUGCUGCCGCCUUCUCUCUGUGUGCCUAAGCUGUUUUUUGUGUGAGCAUGUGUACUCUGGGUUGUCAUUUUGAACAUGCAUCAUGUAUCUGCCUAUAAUCUGAAACUAAUCACAACUCUACGAGCCUGGAGUCUUACUCAUCGACAGAGGGAGCCACAUCAGGUCUACGUCUGUCCCAUCCUCCAUGCACUCUGAGUUCAAAAUGUAGGAAAUGGUAGAGAAAAAUAAAGCUGCGGGGGGCUGCUUCUUAACAAA